AACCCCCCCUCUUUUUAUUUACAAACAAACCGCAUCCGUUUUCACCUUAGGGUUUGGCCUGCGCUUCGCUGCACUUAACUCUCAAAAAGAACAGGACGCGGCGUAGCUUCUUCUUAAACCUUGAAUUCCCUCCUAAUCAUGGCUACUCAAAUAAGUAAGAAACGCAAGUUUGUUGCGGAUGGAGUUUUCUAUGCGGAACUUAAUGAGGUGUUGACAAGAGAACUAGCGGAGGAUGGUUACUCUGGUGUUGAAGUUAGGGUUACUCCCAUGCGCACUGAGAUCAUCAUCAGGGCUACUCGUACCCAAAAUGUUCUUGGUGAGAAGGGAAGGAGGAUCAGAGAGCUGACUUCCGUUGUUCAGAAACGUUUCAAGUUUCCUGAGAAUGGUGUUGAGCUCUAUGCUGAGAAAGUUAACAACAGGGGUCUCUGUGCCAUUGCUCAGGCUGAGUCUCUUCGUUACAAGCUCCUUGGAGGCCUUGCUGUUCGCAGGGCUUGUUAUGGAGUCUUAAGAUUUGUAAUGGAGAGUGGGGCAAAAGGAUGCGAGGUUAUUGUGAGUGGAAAGCUCCGGGCACAGCGUGCCAAAUCUAUGAAAUUUAAGGAUGGGUACAUGAUUUCCUCUGGCCAACCUGUUAAAGAGUAUAUUGAUUCAGCUGUUAGGCACGUUCUUCUUAGACAGGGUGUGCUUGGUAUCAAGGUGAAGAUCAUGCUUGACUGGGAUCCUAAGGGCAAGGUGGGGCCAAUGACACCAUUGCCUGAUCUGGUCACCAUCCAUCCUCCCAAGGAAGAAGAAGAGUAUGUUCCACCAGUGAUGACAACCAAUAUUGAGAUUCCAGUAGCAUAAAUCCCGAGUUUGGUUGCUCUCCCUAGUAUCCAUGAGUAGUCGCUCUUUGUUCCUUAAAUGUGGGGGAGGAAGGAGGAUAUUAGAUCUACUUGUAUGAACGAAGAGUUGUUUUUUGCUGUGUUUCUAUUAGCUUCCCAAGUCUGUCUCAAGAUGGUAGUAAUCCAGGAUUAGUCAUGGACCUUUUUUCUGCUAUACUGCCUUGCUAUGAUCUGACCAAUGCCUUUAUCUCAAAUUUACUUCAGAUGGUUCCUUUUGCUGUUAA